AUGGCACAAAUGAACGACUCAGACCGCAUGCUGCUGCAACGCCUCAUGGCGGCAGGCGCGAUGGAAGACGAGGAGGUGCGACGUUUGGCUCGGACACUCAAAGGCGAAGAAAUGAAUUCUUUUGAUGUGGAUCAAAUGGUGAAUAAAGUAGCUGAAAACAUUCGACCGUUUUCGCUCGACGUGCGUCGAGGGAUGUUCGACGACGGAAAAAUGUACCUGGCAGUGGUGAACACGAGCAAUGACUCAUUGGCGGCGUUUGGCAGCAACUUCAAACCAUGGGAAAUCGUGUUCCUGCGUAGGGCGAUGGAGGAAAUCGUGGACACAGAGGAGGGGGCUUUGGAGGAGUCGAGUUUAUACAACCUACGCAAAAGUCCCACAACCUUAAAUGAAGUAGAGGAGCUAUUUCGCAAACUGACAGCCGAGAAGUGGUUUGUCCCCAGUGCUGUGCGAGUAGAGACACGCAGCUUCACGCUUGGACCGCGCGCGUACUUAGAGCUUGUUGCAUUCCUUCGCAACUUGCAGGUCAAGAAGUGCCCAAUAUGCCAGUAUGAGCUACUCCAGGGUACAAAAUGCCAGGACAGGACCUGCGAUACUGCAGCCCAUGGUGGGUGUAUUGACAUUUAUGAGAACAGGGGAGUCCGCUACGAGUGUCCUACUUGCCGGAAUCAAUUUCGGCAAUAA